AUGGAAAAACAGACAAGUUUUUCUGUGAAGCCCAUCAGAUUUCUAGCUUUCUCACUCACAAUCUCCUUCUCCGCAGUAUUCCUCAUCUUUUUCUCGACUUGGGUUUUCAAACCCACGUCGUCCUCACCAACCCUCCUUAAUCUUUACUUCACCAACACAUCUCUCCACAGCAAUUCUUCACAGUACGUGGAUAAAAAUCCAAUCUUUACGGAAACCCAUCAUGGAGAAGUUGAAUUUAGUUCGAAAAGUGGUGAUUCUGCAAAAAUUGCGGAAGGGGGCAGUGAAAAGGCUACUACAGUAACAGUGGUAAAUGAUGCUGGUAACUCUAGUUUCACCUCUUUCGGUGAUAAUAUUUCUGUAGAUAGUAGUAUUGUUGAAAAAAUUGGGGGAAAAAGGGAUAUUGAAUUUGAACCCCAUGUUGCUAUUGGUGUGAAAAGUGAGCAAAAUUGUCAUGUCACAAAAGGGAAGUGGGCUUUAGAUGGAAGCUCAAGCUACCCUUUGUACACAAAUGUUACAUGUCCCUUUAUAGAUGAAGGUUUUAACUGCCAAGCCAAUGGGAGAUUGGAUAAAGAGUACAUGAAUUGGAGGUGGCAGCCUCAAGAUUGUGAUAUUCCUAAAUUUAAUGCAGCAAGAAUGCUGGAGUUAAUCAGAGGGAAGAGGUUAGUGUUUGUUGGCGACUCGAUCAAUAGAAAUCAAUGGGAAUCGAUGCUCUGUCUGUUGGUGGGAGCUGUUAAAGAUCCGAAGAAAGUGUACGAGGCUCGAGGGAGGAAAAUAACUAAAGAAAGGGGGAAUUAUUGUUUCAAGUUUGAGGAUUAUAAAUGUACCGUAGAGUUUUAUGUUUCACAUUAUCUUGUUCAUGAGAGUAAGGCAAGAAUUGGGAAGAAAAGAACGCAGACUCUGCGUAUUGAUACUAUAGAUAAAGGAACGCAGACUUUGCGUAUUGAUACUAUAGAUAAAGGGUCUUUUAGAUGGAGAGGGGCUGAUUUUUUAGUAUUCAACACUGCACAUUGGUGGAGCCAUUCGAAGACAAAGGCCGGGAUUAACUACUAUCAGGAAGGUGAUAAAGUGUAUCCUCGGCUCGAUGUUACAGAGGCUUUCAGACGAGCUUUACUGACAUGGGCAUCAUGGGUCGAUAAGUACAUCAAUCCGCGUAAAACCCAGAUUUUCUUUAGAAGUUCUUCACCUUCUCAUUUCAGUGGAGGUCUCUGGAACAGCGGCGGCCAUUGUAAGGAAGCUUUUCGACCGAUUAACAUGACAUUUACCUCUAAUUACCCAGAGAAGAAUUUGAUUGUGGAGAAGAUUAUAAGUCAAAUGAAGACCCCAGUUACUUUUCUCAACAUAACACGAUUGUCGGAUUAUAGACCCGAUGCUCAUCCAUCCAUCUAUGGAAGAAAAUCCGUAAAACCGAGCAUUCAAGAUUGCAGCCAUUGGUGCCUUCCGGGUGUUCCAGAUAUCUGGAAUGAGUUAUUGUAUUAUCAUUUACAAUCAAGUACAAAGGCCAAUUUUAUAAAAUUGUAA